ACGUGUUCUGUGUGUUUUACAGUCUGGACAGUGCUGGAGAGUUUGAAGGAUGCUCUUCUGAAGGCCAGCCUUGAAACGACAGCUAAAGCUCCUGCCAAAUCACCAUCUAAAAUGACCCCGGCCAAACAGUCUCAGCUGAGGAACUUCCUGUCAAAGCGACAGACCCCACCGGUUCGCUCCACAGCUCCAGCCAACCUGUCACGGUCAGCCUUCCUGACUCCUCAGUUCUACGAAGAUCUGGACGAGGUGAGCUCCAGUUCGUCUCUGUCUCAGCCUCUGGAGCCCGAGGACUCACUGGCAGUGGCAGAGGAAGAGGACGAGCCGGCACCCAUCCCGGUGCUGACGCCCUCCGUCCCGAGACACCCCACGGUGGUCCGUACACCCUCCAUACAGCCAGGCUUCAGUAUGCAGUCCAGUCCAUUCAGCAGAGUCCAGAAUGUCCCCAUACCUGUCUUUAGCCCCGCACCAAAGAUAAACAUGGACAGUGCUGAUAGCACAGCAUUAGCCACAAAAACAGUUAAGCAUGGAGCUCCGCCCACAGAAAAGAUCACGCCCACCACAAUCCCCGCCCCCCAGGCUGCAGGAAGAGCCGCCCUCAGCAGACACAUGACCAGCCAGAAACCAGGAGCGUCUCUGACAGAGUCCACGCUCAAGACAGUUCCUCAGGUGGUGAACGUACAGGAACUGAAGGAUAAAGGUCCGCCCAUACCUGUGUCCACUGUCAUCAGCGCGUCUGUUCCAGCACCAGCGGCUCAGGUGGUUCAGCAGGUUCUGGCGACAGCGGGGGCCAAUAAAAAUUCCUUUCAAGGUGCGUUAAGCGUCUCAUCGCCGCUGGCAGGUACGGCGCAGACCACAUCAGGUAGUUUUGUGUUUGGUGGAGCUGCUAAAAUUGACGCAGGAGCAUCUUCAUCCAUCAGUGAGAAGAACUCAAAGGGCUUUUCAUUUACUGCUCAGUCAUCAGGGUUCAGUUUCGCCCCUCCAUCACAGGACACCAGCAACACUCAAGCAAAGAGUUCUGGCCUACCAGGCAAGUUCUCUUUUGCAAGCAGCACGGGAACAAAUAUGACGUUUGGUCCUGUGGGGUCUGAGGAGCCGUUUUCCUUUGCUUCAAAACUGUCAUCUCCCGCACAGAGCGUGAGCUCCUCUACACCACCUCCUGAACCAUCUAAACUCCCUCAAGCUCCCAAACCCCAGGGCAAUGCUGGAGAAACUCUCGGCUCCUUUUCUGGCUUAAGAGUGGGCCAAAGUGAGGAAGGAAAGGAAGCCCUCAAGACCACCUUGGGUUUCACUUUUGGACAACCUGGCAAUGGAUCUACAGGAUUUGGUUUCGGUUCUGCACAAAUCAAGCUUGCAGAAACUGGAAAUUCAUCAGAAUUAACAGGCACUGCAGCAGAGGCUCCUAAGAUUACUACGGCACAAGGAUUUGGCUCAUCUACGUUCUCCUUUAAACCACAGGAGGGAACUGCUCCAAGUUUCACCAUUCCCUCGACAUCUUCCUUUCCAACAGCUGCCACUUCUUUCGGCAGUCUAUUGCGAGCACCUCUAUCAGAGACGCAAACUCUUCCAACAAAGUCCCUCCAGCCAGAAACGAUGACUUCAGCUGAGCCGGCUCCCUCCGCUGAUACUGAAUCUAAGGAACCUCCAGCAGAACCCAGUCCUAAACCACCAACCUUAAGUGCUCCAUCAGCCAUACCGGUCACUGAAGCCGCUGCUCCCACCAGUACUGAGCCCACUACAGCACCUUCCAACAACCCCCCAACUCCUCCAACUCUUGAGGUCUCUUCCACACCAUCUCCAUCAGUUACCCCACCAUCCGAGACACCAGCGCCUGUCUCCGAGCCUCCUGCAGCAGAACCAGUCUUUGAUCCUGCCCCUGAGACCACCAGCACUUCCAUAACAACUCCUGCACCCCAAGAGACACCAGCAACCACCCCAUCCUCAGCUCCAACAUCCGAGAAACCAGGUUCAAUCUUCGCCCCACCUUCGGGUGGCACAGACAGUCUGACUGUUGGAGCCAUAAAUCUCACCAGUGUCGUCACUUCAGCAGCCUCCUCUGCCCCAUCUGCAGCCAUCACCACAAGUGCAGCUCCAACCCCAGUCUUCGGACAGCCCACUUCUGCCGCUCCGACCACAGUGUUUGGGUCUACUGUCUUUGGUGCCAAUUCUACCACCUCUGGCUUUGGAAAGCCUGCCUUCGGACAGAGUCCCAGUACAGGUUUCGGCCAGCCUGCGGCCUCUGGUUCUGCUAGCAGCUUUACUUUUGGUCAGCCGGCGUUUAGCGCAAGUUCUGGGUUUGGGCAGCCGGUGGCAGCCACCACCACAUCAGUCACAAACAGCGGAGGAGGAGGACUGUUUGGAUCCUCUAGCACAAACAGUGCCAGCUCCUUCUCUUUCGGAGCCAGUGCCACCAGCUCCGCAGCCAGUACUGGCACUGGGCUCUUUGGCCAGAGCAGCGCUCCUGUUUUUGGACAGUCCAGCUCAGGCUUUGGCCAGGGAUCCAUGUUUGGCAGCAACACCACCACAGCAUCCUCCUCUGGUUUCGGCUUUGGACAACAGCCAGUGUUUGGCAGCAACCCCUCCAACUCAUCAGUGUUUGGACAGCAGGCUAGUGGAGCCGGCGGGUUUGGCCAGGCUCAGUCUGGUGGAAGUCUGUUCGGGUCGAACACUGGAAACACUUCAUCAGGAUCAGGGUUUUUCAGUGGCCUUGGAGGAAAACCCAGUGAAGACGCUGCCAACAAAAACCCGUUUGGAAUGCCAGCCGCAGGUGGAUUCGGCCAACCCAUUAAUACAGGUCCAUCUAACCUGUUUGGGAACAGCGGAGCAAAGGGAUUUAGUUUCGGCAGCAGUUCGUUUGGUGAACAGAAACCCAGCGGCUCAUUCAGCUCCGGCGCGGGGUCCGUAGCCACACAAGGAUUCGGAUCGUUCUCUACACCCACCAAAUCAACUGGUUUCGGAAGUGCGCCAGCCUUCGGCAGUCCUCCAAGUUUUGGCGGAUCUCCAGCGUUUGGUGGGUCAGCGGGCUUUGGCUCCGCCCCUUCCUUCAGCAGUCCACUGGGCUCCUCCUCAGGGAAGGUGUUCGGUGAGGGAACCACAGCCGCCAACGUCGGCGGAUUCGGGUUCGCGUCUCCUCAGAGCGCGCCGUCCUUCGGCUCUCUGGCGGGUUCAAGCGCAGCGCCGUCAUUCGGCAGUCUGGUGCAGCAGCAGCAGCAGCAGCCGCCGGGCUUCGGCGCUCAGAGCGGUGCUUUCUCUGGCUUCGGCUCAUCUGGAGGUAAGUUCACAGCUUCCAAAUGCUUCUGUUAUUGUGCUUCCUCUUAUGGCCACAGCAGGACCAGCAUUAGAACAUACAUUUUAGCAUUUUAUCUGAUAAUUCCAUUACCACAAUACACAAAAGUUUGAGAAUUUAAAAAUUCAUUCAGAGUGAUUUGAACCAAACCAAAAUCUGAAGUCAGAUUUCAUUGUUAAAUAAUACUCAUAAUGAACAAAUAAACAUUAUUUAAAUUCACCCCAAAAUGAAAAUUGUCAUUAAUUACUAACCCUCACGUCGUUCCAAACCUCCAAACGGGUCAACCGUAAUUUUACGAAUCUACGAGAAUACUUUUUAUGCGCAAAGAAAUAAUACUAACACAAUUUAUUCAACAAUUCUUCUCACCUAGUUACCAUCUUCCGCCAUUUUGGAGAGUACCCCAGAACGUAAUCUAUGUAAUCAGCGUUGUUUAUGUUCAGCAUGUGCUGAUUGUGUUGAUUACAUUCUGGGGAAAGCACACACAUGCAUCAUGGUACUCUUCAAAAUGGUGGUAGACAGUGACUCUGUGAGAAGAAUUGUUGAAUAAAUUAUUUUAGUUUUCUUUGCGCUCAAAAAGUAUUCUCAUAGCUUGGCAAAAUUGAAGUUGAGCCACUGAUGUCACAUCAUGGACUGUUUUACCAAUGUCUUUACUACGUUUUCUGGACGUUCUGGGAACAUUUCAGUUUUGUUGCUGUCUAUGCAGGGUCAGAGAGCUUUUAAAUUUCAUCAAAAACACCUUAAUUUGUGUUCCAAAGAUGAAUGAAUAUCUUACGGGUUGGAACGACAUGAGGGU